UCAGGUGUUGAGACUAAGAAAAUGAUUCCGUAACACAGUCACCGACGCGAUUAUCUAACAAAGGAGAGUUUUUGUGCGACGCUCGCUUGGAUCUGUCUUUUUUUCGAACGAGCCUUUGUGGAUUUUGUGUGUGAUAACUAUUAAAAUUAUUCUUUCCGUGUCAAUGGGAUCUCGCGUGGGCGGUUUAGGAGCCGCCGGCCUAUCUGCCGACAAAGCUCUUGCAGGAGUUCCUCGCCUCUUGGACGACUUGCAGCGUCUCUCUGAAGAUUCGGAUUCGGCGGACAUUGUUUUCGUACUGGGCCGCGAAGAAGAACGUAUAUACGCACAUCGCGUAAUUCUAAUGGCGAGAUGCAAAAGCUUUCAAACGGCAAAACGUGGAGAAGUGUGCAGAAUACCUGGGUGCUCUGUCUCUACCUCAACCCCAGGUACGCCAACGCAAAUUCGCCUGUUGCAAGCACCUCCAGAGACUUUCCGGCAGUUUCUUAUAUACGUCUACACUGGAAAAAUUCUACUUCAAGAUAGCGGCGUAUUUGAAAUGUUAGUGUUGGCGCAAGAGCUAGGUGUCGACGAACUGCGGAUGGCGUGCGAGGAUCACGUCACGUCGACACUCUCCGUAGGUUCCGCCUGCACCUUCUUAGCGGCUGCUUUGGAAAUUCAGGACAGAUCUGCAGGAGGAAAAGCGGCAGCUGGAUUUGUGGAGCGCUGCAUAAGCUACAUCGGUGAAAACGCGUCUGAUUGCGUCCGAACAAAUGCGUUCUUGUCUCUACCGAAAGAUGCAGUGAUUAAGUUAAUAUCGUCCGAUUUUCUCUGCCUUGAAGAAGAGGAUGUGUGGCGUGCCGUGUUGAAUUGGGCGAAGUACCAGGCGGGCGUGACACAGCCAACGGCUCACUGGACCGAAGAAGAAAAGGCAAGGGUCUGCCAUCACCUCUCCACAGUCAUCAAUCAUGUUCGUCUUCUCCUAAUCGACAGUCAGGUGUUCGCGGAAGAGGUUGAACCUACAGGUGCUGUACCUAUGGAGUUGAGCCUGGAGCGAUACAGACACGCUGCGCUACCUAGCAAAUUCCCAGAAGGAACUGAAGAUCAACGCUUAAGACCCCGUGCUUCUCCACAUUUCUUCCCUGGUUCUCUCAUCGUCGGGCAGGCGAAAAGUCACUAUCAGAGAGUCUUAAAUAGCUGGUUCGGGUUUCCAAAGCAAACAUGGCGACUAAUUUAUCGCGCAACUACGCACGGUUUCUCAGCGAACGCUUUCCAUAGACAAUGCGAUGGAAUUUCUCCAACUUAUGUUGUCGUUUUGGGCGCCCGUGGUGAAAUAUGUGGAGGAUUUAGUGAUGCAGCUUGGGGAAGGCCGCCUGGGAAAAGCCAUUAUGUUCCCUCGGAAAAGGCCUUUUUAUUCACGCUUUACAACCAUCAGGAAUUACCCCCGACUCAAUUCCAUCUAAUCAAAAAGCCGUUCGCCAUCUGUUACCAUCCUGAAUCCGGGCCCAUUUUUGGUGCAGGCGCUGAUCUACUCAUUUCGAGCAACUGUAACACCAACAUGGAUAGUUAUUCUAAUUUACCGCAUACGUACGAUGGAGAUGGUGCGUCGCCGUCGGUUAUGAUGGGCGAUUACAAUUUUACCGUCGCCGAUUAUGAAGUUUUCACUCCAACUGUGACUGGUGGUGCAAUGAAGCAUCAUAAAUCGGAAAGAUUUCAAUAGGUUUAGAAGAUACAAUAUUAUAAUACUUAAAUAUAAAUUGUUGAUAAAUAAAAAUACACU